AUGGCCAGCAUCAACUACUUGCUGUAUGAGUCGGCGGCUGGUUAUGCCGUCUUCCAGGUCGUCAACCAGGCCGACAGCGUCGGUCUGCAGCUGAAAGAGGUGCAGAAUUCGCUCCAAAACCUCGCGACCUUCAGCAAACACGUGAAGCUCGUCAACUUCACCCCAUACCGAAAUGCCGCCGAGACCCUUGAAAAUGUCAACCUCGUCUCUGAGGGUAUCAUGCCCGACUACCUCAAGUCCAUCCUCGAAUUGAACCUUCCCCAGACCAGCGGCAACAAGUCCAAGAUCGUCCUCGGUGUCCAAGACAGGAAGCUUGCCGGCGAGAUUAGCUCCACCUUCAAGGGCGUUGAGUGCGAGACGAGCGAAACCUCGGAGGUCGUUGCGGACCUCCUUCGCGGUAUCAGGGUCCACGCCGAGAAGCUGCUCAAGGGCCUCCAAGAGGGUGAUCUGGGCCGUGCUCAGCUCGGUAUGGGUCACGCCUACUCGCGCGCAAAGGUCAAGUUCAGCGUGCACAAGAACGACAACCACAUCAUCCAGGCCAUUGCGACUCUCGAUGCGCUCGACAAGGGCAUCAACCAGGGCUCCAUGCGCGUCCGCGAGUGGUACGGGUGGCAUUUCCCCGAGCUGGUCAAGAUCGUCUCCGACAAUGGCACUUAUGCCAAGCUAGUCCUGGCCAUCGGCGACAAGAAGACCCUCAGUGAUGAGAAGCUGCAUGACAUCGCCGCUGUGAUUGACGACGAUGGCGAGAAGGCGCAGGACAUCAUCAACGCGGCCAAGAUCUCCAUGGGUCUCGAUAUCACCGAGGCUGACAUGAUCAUGGUCAAGUCAUUCGCAACUUCUGUCGCCAAGAUGGCCGACUACCGGAAAUCGCUUUCCAACUCCCUGGACUCAAAGAUGGGUCAGGUCGCCCCCAACCUGCAGACCAUCCUCGGAACACCCGUUGCCGCACGUCUCAUCUCGCAUGCCGGCUCGCUCACCAACCUCGCCAAGUACCCUGCCUCCACUCUCCAGAUCCUCGGUGCCGAGAAGGCUCUCUUCCGCGCUCUCAAGACCAAGGGUGCCACACCCAAGUACGGUCUCAUCUACCAAUCGUCUUUCAUCGGACGUGCCGGUCCCCGAGUCAAGGGUCGCAUCAGCAGAUAUCUGGCCAACAAGUGCAGUAUGGCAUCCCGUAUCGACAACUUCUCAGAGCACCCCUCGGCGCGUUUCGGUGAGGUUCUGCGGCAACAGCUUGAGGAUCGCUUGGAGUUCUACGCUACAGGCAAGAAGCCUAUUAAGAACGAGGAGGCAAUGAGCAAUGCCAUGAAGGCCAUCCUAGGAGACGGCAACGAUGAUCUUGCCAUUGACACCGAGAUGAUCGACGCCCACCCUGCACAGGAGGAUGAAGGCAAGAAGUCCAAGAAGGACAAGAAAGACAAGAAGCGCAAGAGCGACGCCAUGGACAUCGAUGAGCCAUCAGAAAAGUCUGAGAAGAAGGACAAGAAGAAGAAGAAGAGCGAGGCAGAUGGAGACAAGAAGGAGAAGAAGAAGAAGAAGGACAAGAAGGUCGAGGCCUAG